UCAACGUCACGAUUCAAAUCGGACAGCAACACACUUUAGAAUUAUCCCUUGCCCUUAAACAUCCUAUCUUCACCGAAAUAAGGAGACAUGGGGGGCAAGUCCGCUACCAAGGCCGCUUACUUCGAGAAGCUGAAGAACCUUCUUGAUGAGUACAAGACGGUCUUCAUUGUCGGUGUCGACAAUGUCAGCUCUCAGCAGAUGCACGAGAUUCGUCUGAGUCUCCGUGGUGAGGGUGUUGUCCUGAUGGGUAAGAACACCAUGGUUCGCCGUGCCCUCAAGGGCUUCAUCACCGACAACCCUGAGUACGAGCGUCUCCUUCCUCACGUCAAGGGCAACGUUGGUUUCAUCUUCACCAACGGCGACCUUAAGGCUGCCAAGGAGAAGAUCCUUGCCAACCGUGUCGCUGCCCCUGCUCGUGCUGGUGCCGUCGCUCCUGCCGAUGUCUUCGUUCCUGCUGGUAACACCGGUAUGGAACCCGGUAAGACCUCGUUCUUCCAGGCUCUCGGUGUCCCCACCAAGAUCGCUCGUGGUACUAUCGAAAUUACCACCGAUCUUAAGCUCGUUGAGGCCGGCGGCAAGGUCGGUCCCUCCGAGGCUACCCUGCUGAACAUGCUCAACAUCUCUCCCUUCACCUACGGUAUGACCAUCGCCCAGGUCUACCAGGAUGGUCAGACCUUCAGUGCCGAUGUUCUCGACAUUGAGGAGGAGCAGCUUCUUAAGGCUUUCAGCAGCGCCAUCCAGACCAUCACUGCCCUCUCUCUGGCUACUGGCUUCCCCACCCUUCCUGCUGUUAUCCACUCCCUCAUCAACAGCUACAAGAAGGUUCUCGCCGUUGCUGUCUCUACCGAGAUCAGCUGGCCCGAGAUCGAGCAGCUCAAGGACCGUAUCGCUAACCCCGAUGCGUACGCCGCUGCUGCUCCUGCCGCUGGUGCUGCUGCCGCCGCUGGCGGUGCCGCUCCUGCUGAGGAGAAGAAGGAGGAAGAGGAGGAGGAGUCCGAUGAUGACAUGGGCUUCGGUCUUUUCGACUAA